AUGCUGGCAGACCGUCCAGGCCUGGCGUCACGGGGGCUGGCCGGGCAGAGCUGGACUGCAAACAGCCCGCUGUUUGUCAGGGCCGCCUGCCAAGCUACAGCACGCACGGUGCCCCCUUUUAACCUACAAACCCGUGUUCCACGAUGUGAGCCAAAAACGCACACCAGUACCGUGAUGUUGCGCAAGAGCAAAACCUCCCGUUUCUUCCCAAAGGCUGUUCCUUUCACUCCUGACAAAGUACACAUGGUACUGGUCACAGUACCCUACAUGGCUCCAAGCCACACGCUCCUGAGAAACAAGCGACUGAGUCGGGGGAUGAGAAAACCGAGCAUGCUAAAAUACAUAAACGCCGCUGGGCCAGGGCAGAAAGAUGGGACACAGCGGGAGUCCAAAAUAAACCUCCAAAAAUUAAACGAGCAGCAGGCUCUGCGUGGCUCAAGCCCACAGCAUCGCCUGGGAAGGCCUCCCCCCAGUCAGGGCAGGAGGGGUACUGCAGGCGGGGCCAUGGCCAGGUGGGAAGACACAGCACACCCGUGUUUCAGGAGAAGGUUCUCCAGGCCCUGCAGCCGGAUUCUGGACGAGCACUGCCCACCGCCCGCUGCUGCAGGACGGCUCCCGGGCCGCGGUCCUGCCACCCGCGCAGAGCUGCCUAGUGUCCCCAGGGCUCGGCUGGGAUCCUCAGUUAGAUCUUGGUCACCUUGCUUCAUAAACCCGGGGGUUAUCAGGGUUGUCCGCACAGACGGCUGCAUUUCCAAGCACUGCUCUGAUGCUCUGGACUGGGACACGCGCUUCACACAACGUCCCCUGACCCAUGGGCCCCACCUUGCCCAAACAGAAGAAACUCAAGUCCCUCUGGUAAAAGUCAGGGUCCUCGGCUGA